UGCGUCUAUCGAAUAGCGUGCGGAUGGAGACUGAAGAGUGAAGACGGAGUGGAGUAGUCUAGUCGACCAUUCAUUCCUCUCCCUCUCUUUUCUAGUUCCCGCAUCAAGGAGGAAUGGCUGCAACGGUCACUCCCGCCAUUUCUCUUCUGAUUCAGCCCAACACUGUCCAGCCUCGUCAAGCUACCAUUCUUGCUCCCACCCGCAACUUCCUCAGAUUUAACCCUGAAUCAAGGAAGAUUGUCAUCUUCCCCAGUUCGCGAAUUCUUUCUCAUCGAGCAGUGUCAGUAGUGCAGAAGCGGCGGCGAGCAUUAGAGGACGAUAUCGCUGAACUACCUCCACCUGAAGAAAACUAUAUAGAUGAUACAUCUCUAAGGGAACCAACCAUUGACAUAAAGCUCCCCAGGAGAAGUUUGCUUGUACAGUUUACGUGCAACGCCUGUGGUGAAAGAUCGCAACGUCUGGUGAACAGAUUAGCCUAUGAACGAGGAACUGUUUUUGUACAGUGUGCAGGGUGUCUCCAGCAUCACAAAUUAGUUGACAAUCUUGGCCUUGUUGUUGAGUAUGACUUGCGAGAGGAUAUAAGCACAGAGACAACUGCUGAUCAAGUAUGACGUGUGGCAUCAGUAUUCAGUGUUAAGCAUAUCAUUCUGAUCCUUUUUUUUUUUGUGAAACUGUAAAGUAUAAAAGUUUCGGUUCUUCAGCAAUGGUGAUUGUAACUUAAAUACCUUUUGGCCCUCAACAUGCACAGUUCAGCUCA